AUGGGGGAGCCUCGCGAGACAAAGCGGCGAUUCGCUCCUGUGCCCAUCGAGACAACAUUCCAAUCGAACCGCGCGACACAACGAGUUGGCCCUACCGCCGAGCUCACUCCUGAGGCCUCACCCGUUUCGGCUACCCCUCCCCCCCGCGAGUUUGGUGGCGAGCGUCGUCGGUUCGCUCCCCAGCUUAUCGAAACAUCACGUCGAGCGUAUCGUGUCGGAGACGCGGGACCAGCAACCAAGCCUACCGACAAGACCGACAUCACACCGUAUACCAAGAACAUCUAUAAUGCGACAAAGCCUAGGGGCCGGAGGAGGCUCGACUCAAUCAACAGCGAUGGCCCGUCUCUGUGGACCAUGCCUCCGACACGGCGCGAGACAGAAGACCCUGCCGUUAAGAACUAUCUCCUCGAGCUCGCGGCCAAGGAAGCAGAUCGGCAAAUUCAGGAGGCUGCGCUGGCAGCCUUUCCCAACAGCCGUGCACGUGAAGGUGGCGUGGCUCAUUUCUACUAUCGCGAGAGCUCUGGCAGUGAUGAAUCGCCAGAGGAAGGAGGCCUGCCAAUCUCGGAGCCAGCCAGGGACCACCCGAGCCGGACGCGACGCAAGUCGUCCAAUCUCGGGAUGACCUGGUGGCACAAGCAUAUGCAGGAUCAUUAUAAACAAAAAGGGCUGGACCGUGGUGAUGAGGAAGCUGUGGUAGACACAGACGACAAGGAUGUCAGAAUGGUGUCAGAUGCCGAGCUCGACAAUAUGGAGUUCACCAUGCCGCCCGAUGCAUUGUGGACGACGAGUGGCAAGGCGUCACCGGUGACUAGGAGGGAUUCGGGCGAGGUUGCGGCGGCUCGUGCCGCCGCCGACGCAGCUCUGGGUGCCAGGAAUGAAGAUGCCGUGAUGAGAGAUGCGCCCCCACCGGUGAUCACCAAAGCUCCGGAGCUGCCGUAUCCCAAGUCGGCCUUUAACAAACCCGCAGCACAACCUGUGCAGAGUGCUGGACGACCGUUUGGCCAGUUCGCAUACAAGCCUGAUGCAGCGCAGCUCGCCAAAGCUAGCCAGCUCCAGUCGCCACCCAUGCUGGGCAAGGACAUUCGGUUCAGGAGGUGCCCGUCACCAAAGCUCACCAAAUUGGAGCCCAAUCAUCCUUUCUUUCAUGAUCCCGAUGCAUCAGGAAACCGAGAUACGUCUGGAAAGGGUGGUCUAUGGAACGGCUACUGCUUUAAUUCUGGACGUGAUGCGCCGAGACCGGCGCCCCAAAUGGGCCCGCGCAUGCUCGCGACUCCGGCCGUUCCGGGCUCGCCGGCUGAGCCUGCCGACGCCGACUCAAGGUCAAUUAGCGAAGAGCCCGCAUCACUGUUUUCGACUGCUGGUUCUUCCAUUGACACGGCGAGCACUUCUGAGUAUCGACUCAAAAAUGGCCAAGCCCAAGGUUUGCAUAGCGUCGACGAGCGACUACGCCGGGAGAAGGCCGAUGCCGAGCGCAAUGAGAAGAUUACGCAAGAGUUCAACGACGAGUUCAUCACGCAAGUAUUCAAUUAUCUCUCGCUCGGGUACCCGGCAACAGCGUGUAUCUUUGACGAAGAGCUUGCCAAGGUCAGCCACACCUCGAUCGACGAACUGCGCUCUCGGGACGAGCAGCAGAACGCCAAGGGACACAUGUUGGAGCUCCAAAUCGGCAAUACAAAGGAGGAGGACAGAUGCCCGAGGUGGCGGGCUCUGAAGACUUAUGUUCUCGAGUGGGCAAGGCAGCACCCCAACCUGGACAAUCUCGACCCCUUGGCGUGGGGCGUCCGGGAAAGGAGGGGCAGUUGGGCCUUCUAA